CCCCCUUCUUCACUCAAUCCACUCUUAGCUUCCCUUCUUAUCUAUCCAAUCUCCAUAGCUUCUUAGUCACAAAAGAAAACAGAAAAAAAAAAAAUUUAAAUUAAGAUGGCUUUAUCUGAGGAAAGUUGUGCCCUUGAUCUGAUUAGACAUCACCUUCUUGAUGAUUCUGCUUUUAAUCAAGUUUACUGCAAUUCUGAGCAGAAUUGCUUUGGAUUUGUGGCUUCUAGUCCGUCUAGCAAGUUUAAUGAGAGGAAACCCAGUUUGAAUAUCGCGAUUCCCAGGCCGGCGGUGAACAAUAAGGGGUCCGGGAAGAUUCCGGCGCCGGCGCCGGAAGUUCACGAUUCCGGCGAGGUUGUUAAGAGGCACUACAGGGGCGUGAGGCAACGGCCGUGGGGGAAAUUCGCGGCGGAGAUCCGUGACCCGAACCGGAAAGGGACCCGGGUUUGGCUCGGAACCUUCGACACCGCCGUGGACGCCGCCAAGGCCUAUGACCGGGCGGCGUUUAAGCUGAGAGGCUGCAAAGCCAUUCUCAACUUCCCGCUCGAAGUCGACAACUUCCGGCCGGCGAGCCUGCCGGCGCCGGCGCCGACUUGCGGCCAGAAAAGGCCCAGAGAAGCCGAGGAGGAAGUGGCGGUGAUUAAGCAGGUGAAAAGGGAAGUGGUGGAAGAGUCAUCUCCGCCGGCGCCGGCGCCGGCGGCCCCCUUAACGCCGUCAAGUUGGACAACGGUAUGGGACUGUUCUGAAGUGAAGGGUAUCUUCGAAAUCCCGCCGUUAUCGCCGUUACCGUUAUCACCAAGCGUAUAUAACUAUCAUGGAAUUAGGGUUUAAGGAAAAUCCAUAAAAUUGACGAAGAUCCUGCACCUGACUAUGGAAGCCAGAGUCUGUGGUGAAUCGAAGCCCUAAAAAAUAAAAAUAAAAAAAAAAACAAUAAAAAUGGUCGAAUUAGGCAGUUGGAGAUGGUUUUUCCCAAGUUCUUUCAAUCUUUUAUUUUAUGUUUAAUUAAUUAAUAAUUAAUGUAAAUAUAUAUAGUAUAUGGAGUUGUUGCAUUUAAUUUAUUCAAUUUUAUAAGAUAAAAGCAGUAUCCUAUUAUUCUCUCAGA